AUGUUUAGAAUCCUUGCAAUCAUCUCUUCUUUCAUUGUUUUAGUUCAAUCUUGUAGUGAUUCAUCAAGCAAGUAAGUUUUAUUAGUUUCCUAAUAAAUAUCAAAUAAUCAAUAAACUUUUCAGUUGUGCAAAUUGGGUAGCAAAUGGUUUUUGUAAAUCUCCAAAUUAUUCAUAUUCACAAAAGAAAGCAAAUUGUGCUCAAAGUUGUGGUUUUUGUGGUACAACAUCAACAGCAUCUGGUUCAGCAACAACAGAUUGUCAAGAUAAUCAAGCAACAUGUGGAUAUUGGGCAUCAAAUGGUUUUUGUACAAAUCCAUUUUAUUCAAAAGCAUUAAAAACUCAAUAUAAGAUAGGUUAAAUUUGAAAAGUUGCCGGUUUUGACGAAAAAAUCAAAUAUCUGUCCAAAUCAUUAGCUUUAAAUUUGAAAAUCAAUGAAAAUAUUCAAUCGAUAAAUGUUACUGUACUUUUGAUUAAAAAUAGGCAAAUAUUUCAGUUUAUUUUAUUUGAAUUAGAAACGUUGUAUUUAUUUUCAGAAUCUAACGAUUUGAUCCCAACCCAAAUCGUUAUAUUUUGAAAACAAAAAAAAUAUUAUUUGUGACUAAAAACGUGACCUUCUAUUUUUAAAAUCUAACGAUUUCAUCCUGGCUCAAAUCGUUAGAUUUUGAAAAUCCGAAAAAAGUCAUUGUUUAUAUUUGUUUUACAAUUCAUGGGCACCAUAGCAUGUUCUACAAACUUUUAUAAUUGUCUGUAUUGCCCAAAACAACUCCAUAAGUCAUUUUAACGCAUCUCGUCUCGAAGCGAAUAAGAUUGAUCAGUUCAAAAAAAGAGAAAUGGCGAAAUCCAACCAGAAAACGUGUGACACGUAUUAUUUUUCGUUGGAUUUAGUCAUUUCUCUUUUUGAAAUUGUUUCAUCUCGACGUAAUUUUUGAGGCAAUAUGUCUAAAAAAUUUCUUGGUGUGGUUCUGGAAAAUGACACCAACAGUUUUUGGAAACUUAUCAUAUGUGAAUGAAAUGCAAAAAACAUAUGAAGAAUGAUUUCGGUUAAAUUUUCAAAAUCUAACGAUUUGAGCUCGGAUCAAAUCGUCAGAUUUAGAAAAUAAAAGGUCACGUUAGAAAAUAAAUUUUCACCACGCACAGCCAAAAUUAAAAUAUAACGGUUUGUGCUCGGCGCAAAUCGUUAUUUUUCGAAAAUCAGAAUUUGUUCUUUUAAAAAUAUAUGGUUUUUACAAAAACAUAUUCGGCCAUAAAAAUUCAUUAUAUUUUUGUUGGAUUUAUAACAAAAAAUAUAAAUUUAUGUAUCUUGGAUAAAAGUAUUAUUUUUAAUUUUUUUGCGAUGAUUUUUUCUUUUUUUAUAAUUAUUGUCCAAAACCGGCAACUUUUCAAUUUUAACCUAUCUUAUAUUGUGCAAAUACUUGUAAUUUAUGUCCAACAACAGAUUCAACAACUGAUUCAACUACAACAACAGCAUGUGUUGAUAAUAUUAAAUAUUGUUCAUCUUGGGCAGCAAGAGGUUAUUGUACUAAUUCAUUUUAUACUGAUACUCAAAGAAAACAAUUUUGUGCCAAAACUUGCAGUUUAUGCACUUAA